AAUUAGGAUAAAACGCUGAGCUUUGCCCCUUCCCCUUUUGGGCAUUUUGCCCUAAAUCGUUUCAAGCCUUGACCACCCCAGGCACCCCACCUACUGCUCCGCGUCUCUGCCUUGUCGACGCCCCUCUCAGCCGGCACCUCUCUCGCUCUCUCUCUCUCUCUCUCUCUCUCUCUCUCUCUCUCUCUCUCUCUCUCUGCGCCGCGAGCAAGCAAGGGUCUCCUCAAUCGAAGUGGAACGAGUGAAGGAACAAGAGCUUCGAUCAAGAAGGCUGCUUCAGAGCUUCUAUCGAGGCUUCGACGACUACCAUUGACAGUAGCAGGGAUCUCAUCUCCGAAAGUCUUGGUUGUGAUUUCAUCUCGUCUCAGUCGUAUGCAAGCAAGCUUCAGUUUAGGACGGAGGGAAGGUAUGCCUCAUGACAGAGACAAGCCGCCUGCAGUUCGUGUUUAUACAGUUUGUGACGAAUCCAAAUAUUUGAUUGUGAGGAAUGUUCCAGCUUUGGGUUGUGGUGAUGAGUUGUUAAAAUUGUUCAGUACCUAUGGAGAGGUUGAAGAAUGUAAACCAAUGGAUGCUGAGGACUGUGAGCCAUUCACCGACGUUUACUUGGUCAAGUUUCGUCAUGUCAACAAUGCCAGAUUUGCAAAAAGGAAAUUGGACGAGUUUGUUUUCCUUGGGAAUCGGCUGCAGAUCUCAUAUGCACCCCAAUUUGAGAGCCUUUCUGACACAAAGGAGAAAUUAGAAGGAAGAAGAAAGGAAGUUCUUGCUCGCUUGAACCCUGCAAGAUCCAAAGGGCCUACAGUUCCUUGCGCAAUUACUUUCAAUGAUCCAUUAUUGGGUGGAACUCCAGCACAGAUCAAUAGCAUUUCCCAACCCAUAAACUCCAACCAAAGGGAAUGCCGAGAGUCGGGACAUCUAUUUCCCACUCAAGAUCGUGUUUCCAUCACAACGGUUUCUUCUGACAAGGUUUUUACUUGUUUUGUGAAUGGCAUUCAAAUAAUUUGAUUUGAAGGAGGGCAUUUCAAAUUAUUAUUUACCACCUAAUCUUUCCUUUCAAAUUACAUGUGAACUGGAUGCAGUCUAUUUUCUGUCAUUACAUUGCCUAUUUACUAUGGUGAUUGAUGUAGCGUGUCAGCAGUUGCAAGAAUAUGUACUGUGAGAUAUAGCUGCACUGUAUUUGCUUGUUUAAAAGCCUCACAUAAUUGACAAGAUAGUGUGUGUUAAAGCAUCGCAACGAGGAAAAAGGAUUCAUGUAGCUGACCCCAAAAAGGUUGGGACAAGGUUUAGUUGAUUUGAGUUGAGUUAGUUUAUGUUGAACCAUUCCUUGUUCAUUAAAUCCAUUGUAGUCAUUUUUGCUUGGUGAAAAUAGCUUCUCUAAUGGAAAUUUAUCGUUGGUUCAUAUUUUUUGCUGUCUUAACCUCCUUUAAUGAAGGCUUCAUUCCGAACUUAGCUCUUAUUCUACCCAAACACACCUUCAAGUGGCCAGUAGCAUGUUUCUUAUCUCAUCACUCAAUACGUUGUGGCUGAAAAAUAAGUUCCAUUUUCUUCAUGUUCAGUUUUGGAGUAGUUGACCUGCAGAAAUUCUGCAGCAGCGUCAACCUAAUUGUUGAACUCUGAGGUGGUAAUGCAUAAUUGCUUAUUGGAGUUUUUUGAAUUGUUGUAAAGACAACUUCUUGACAUCAUUUACAUUAUAAUUCCCCCAAACUUCCUCUUGCUGGUGGUAACUGCAUAUUCACUCAUUCUUACUUCUUAGAUCUCUUCAAAUUAUCAUUGCGGCUAGAUUGUCCUUGCCCUACAAGAGCAUUUUGCAUGGUUUUGUAUACUAGGUGUGAUGUAAGCUAUACGUCACUAAAAGGUGUGGUAAACUCCCAUUUUUUGAACUUAUCCCAUUUAAGUGCUGAAGUUGCUUAGUUCAUAUCUUUCUGGUGCUAACAAAACAAAUGUUUUUCUUUCCUUUAUUUGAAUGUCAGGAUUACUUCUCCUCGCGAUCAAUGAAUCAGACUGUCCAGCUAGUCAGGGAGAAGCUUAAUAAGAUACAAUCAAGUGUCGAGGAUUUAGAAGCUGGGCCGUCCAAGAAAAGGCUAGUGGACAAUAGAAGAAGAAUCUGAUGAACUUUUAAUAAUGGACAAGGCAGCUGUAUUUCAAAGUUUCUGUGCCUCGUCUUUCUGUCUGUGCUCAGUUUAUUAAUCUCAUGGCUUUGAUUAUUGUCUGCGAUACUUGGAAUGUAUCAACAAUUUUUCUGAUCCGGUUUAUCAUCGACAAAAACGGAAAGGAUAUGAUAAGCUCUGAUCUCUGCUCAGAGUCUUGGGUGGAUGUAAGCUUGGGUUCAUUUCCAAUCCUACCUCCCUUGGUCAAAAUAGAAAAAGGACGAGCUACUAACAUGAAAUGAGCCUCACUUCCCUUCUUGUGGCUGGUCACUAUACUGCUUAAUUUGGAUAUUGGUUCAUGCAUUUUGUAUUGUGAUUAGUAGAUAUUGAUUUUGUUUGUAAAGGUCAACUAUACCUUCGUGCUUCUGCUUCUGAAAAGCAAAUGUUUUUGGUAGCGUUUGAAUGAGUUUAGUUGUUUUUCAUGCACAACAAAAAUUCAC